GCACAAGGUUAUAAACAAGAGUAUAUAUACGAAAUUUGUGUCCUGUCUCAGUAUCACUUUUGUGGCUAACUACAACCAUUAAAGUAACCAUCACAAUGAACUCUUUGGGUCUUGCCAUCUUUUUGGUAGCUGUAGCUGCCGCCAACGCUGGUCUGCUCGCUGGGCAUUUGGGCCUGGCUGGUGCCCCGAUUGACAGCGCUGCCGUUGUUUCUGGACCUUCCGGUCACAUCGUCAGAUCCGGAGUUGCUGUAGCUCAUGCCGCUCCUUUGGCCGUUGCUCAUGCCGCUCCCCUCGCUGUCGCUCAUGCCGCCCCAGUCGUAGCUCAUGCUGCCCCACUUGCCGUCGCUCAUGCUGCCCCCGUUGUAUCCCAUAGAGCCGCUCAGUUGGGUCUCUCGCUUUCUGUUCCAGCUGGUUCUGGAUUGGAAGGACAAUGGAUCCCUGAUAUCAACGAAAAAUUGUACGAUGAUGGUUCCUACAAACCUUACGUUUACGGUUUCUAAGUUGCUGCAAGAGUGAUUAUUUAAUUCUGUGUUAUACUGUAAAUAAAAUUUCAGAGUUCUUAUAGAACAAA